UCUCACACUGAGUUUCCUCCCCCAAAGUAGCAAGUGAUCAAUGAUCACUAUUUUUGUCUUUCUUUCUCGUUUUCAAAACGCGUAACCAGUGUUCACCUAUUAAUUGUUAGUAAGAGAAGACACUGUAGCUUAUAAAUUACUUGUACAAACUUUGUAGACCAAUAUUCCCAAAUCAUCAAAAUCAAAAUGCCUUCAGAAGAAGCAGUGGUUGUGGAAAUGGAAAACAUAGCAAAUAAUGAAGGGAUAGAACAGAAUCACCAGCUUCAAGUUUCUGAACAUCCCAGCCUCAAAGUGAAGCAAAAGUUGCGAAGAUAUGAUUCUCUGGAAAUGGAAUCCCGCCGUUUCUCCCACGCCUGUGCCUCUAAAGGACCAGCGAUGACAGUGAUACUGCAACUCGCGUUUCAAAGUAUUGGAAUAGUGUAUGGAGAUAUUGGAACAUCACCGUUGUAUGUGUAUUCAAGCACCUUCACAGAUGGCAUAAAACACAACGAUGACAUAUUAGGAGUUCUUUCCUUGAUCUUUUAUACCAUCACUCUCAUCCCUCUUCUUAAGUAUGUCUUCGUUGUGUUACGGGCAAACGAUAAUGGAGACGGAGGGACUUUUGCUUUGUACUCUCUAAUAUGCCGUUACGCCAAAGUUGGACUUAUUCCGAAUCAACAACUAGAGGACACAGAGGUGUCUAAUUACCAGCUAGAGUUGCCGAACAAACGUGAGAAAAGAGCAUCAAAGCUUAAGUCUAAGCUUGAGAAUAGCCACUUUAUGAAGCUCUUCCUCUUAUUUGCUACCAUGCUCGGCACUUCCAUGGUCAUUGGUGAUGGUGUUCUCACCCCUUGCAUCUCUGUUUUAUCUGCUGUGGGAGGGAUCAAGCAAGCUGCUACCCAAAUAACUGACGAUCAGAUUGUUUUGAUAUCCGUAGCAAUCUUGGUGGGCCUUUUCAUGGUUCAGAGGCUAGGAACUGAUAAAGUGGGAUACAGUUUUGCUCCCAUUAUCUGUUUGUGGUUCACCUUCAUCGCAGGCAUUGGCGUGUACAAUUUCAUCAAGUAUGACGCAACGGUCAUUAAAGCAAUAAAUCCAAAAUACAUAGUAGAUUAUUUCAGCAGGAACAAGAAAGAUGCUUGGAUUUCUCUUGGUGGCGUUGUGUUGGCCAUAACAGGAACUGAAGCACUAUUUGCUGAUGUUGGACAUUUCACGGUUCGGUCCAUACAGAUAAGUAUGUGCUCUGUGACAUACCCUGCUCUCAUAUUGGCUUAUGCUGGACAGGCCUCGUUUCUUCGCAAAAACAAUGAUCUUGUUAGCGAAACAUUCUACAAGUCCAUACCAGACCCUUUAUAUUGGCCAAUGUUUGUGAUUGCUGUUUUGGCAGCAAUCAUAGCUUCUCAAGCCAUGAUCUCUGGAACAUUCUCUAUAAUCCAACAAUCCCUAGCAUUGGGAUGUUUUCCACGUGUGCAAAUUGUACAUACAUCAACCAAGCAUGAAGGACAAGUUUAUAUCCCAGAAGUUAAUUACAUCCUCAUGAUUGCUUGUAUUGCCAUCACUGUUGGGUUUAAAACCACCACAAAAAUUGGCAAUGCCUACGGUAUAGCAGUGGUGUUUGUAAUGACACUUACAUCUGCUUUCCUCGUGCUAAUCAUGAUCAUGAUAUGGAAGACCCACAUUCUUCUUGUUAUUAGCUAUGUACUCGUCAUUGGUUCUGUGGAGCUUGUUUAUUUGAGCUCAGUUUUAUACAAAUUUGACCAAGGAGGGUAUCUUCCUCUUACACUUGCUGCGGUGUUAAUGAUCAUCAUGUAUGUUUGGAACAAUGUGUACCGAAGGAAGUACUAUUAUGAAUUGGAUCAUAAGGUUUCUCCAGAGAAGGUUAGAGAGAUUGCUGCUGACACAAAUUUGUGUCGAGUACCUGGUCUUGCAAUGUUUUACUCAGAGCUUGUUCAAGGUAUCCCACCUAUUUUCAAGCAUUAUGUGGCAAAUGUGCCUGCACUGCACUCUGUCCUUGUCUUUGUUUCCAUCAAAUCCUUGCCUAUUAGCAAAGUUCCAAUGGAAGAACGGUUCCUUUUUCGCCGAGUUGAACCAAAAGAUCUGAACAUAUUCCGAUGUGUUGCUAGAUAUGGAUACACUGAUGUCCGCAAUGAGAAUGAGCCUUUUGACAAGUUGCUUGUUGAAAGAUUGAAGGAAUUUAUUGCUAAGGAGUUUUGGUUGUCACAAAUGGAGCUUCAGAAUGAUCAAUAUGAUGAAAAAUUGAAUGUUGAUAAGGUUGAUGGAGCACUUGAAGCUAGUAAUGAAGAAAGACUACAAGAGGCAAUCGAGAAAGAGAUUGAGGCAGUAGAAAAAGCAUCACGUGCAGGUAUUGUUCACUUGAUUGGUGAAAACGAGGUGAUUGCUAGCAAAGGAGCUAACAUUGGAAAGAGGAUUUUGAUAGAUUAUGCCUACAAUUUCUUGAAGAAAAACUUGAGACAGAGUGACAAAAUAUUUGAUAUCCCCCACAAACGUUUGGUCAAAGUGGGAAUGACUUACGAACUUUAAAGAACUAAACUCUGUACAGAUAUCAAAGGAAGAAAAAUAGUUUUUUUUUUUGGUUGGAGGAGAAACUCUGUAUGCUCAACAGAUAAGCCUUUGCUCAUAGGGCACUUCUCCUUGUUAUGGUAGGGGGUGAACAAUCCCCAAAAUCCCAUUUCCCCUCUCUCCCUCCCGAGGGCAUGUUUGAUACAUAUAAUACCUGAUAGUAUAAGAUCUGAUUAAAUUUUAAUAUCAUUCAGCAUUUGAUAUGAUAUUGUAUAAAAUAAUAUCAUCCAAUAUUUGGUAAUACACUGUA